UCCAACCCUAUAUACAUGAAAUCCAACUACAUGCAAUGAAAGCAGCAAAAAUACAAGUGGACUAUCCUGGCUUUGAAAAACACAGUGGUAGAGAAAUGGCAACGGUCUUUGCGAGAGGAGCACAGACCAUGAACACCAUGUUUUUCAAGCCGGUGGGGCGAAAAGCUUUCCACAAGAAAAGCACUUCCGCGGAUAUGAUAAGAGAAACCAGGAAGUUUGAAGGUGAUGAAAUGAAGAACAAGAGCCAUAUGGGUAUGGGAUCAGAAAAUGAUGGCAAUAUUUCCUGGGUUCCCCAUGAGAGGACUGGGAUUUAUUACCCCAAAGGCCAAGAGAAAGUGAUGGACGAAAUUUCUCCAGCAGCUGGCAGGGAUAUGGGUGUCAAUUGGUUCACUUAACUAAUUUCCUUUGACCCAGAUUAUUGAAUACAUAAUAUC